AACAGAAUGUCCGCAGACGACCGGCACCUGAGCUCCAGCUGCGGCUCCUUCAUCAAGACCGAGCCGUCCAGCCCGUCCUCGGGCAUCGACGCCCUCAGCCACCACAGCCCCAGCGGCUCGUCGGACGCCAGCGGCGGCUUUGGCCUGGCCCUGGGCCCCCACGCCAACGGCCUGGACUCGCCGCCCAUGUUCGCAGGCGCCGGGCUGGGGGGCACCCCGUGUCGCAAGAGCUACGAGGACUGUGGCAGCGGCAUGAUGGAGGACUCGGCCAUCAAGUGCGAGUACAUGCUGAACGCCAUCCCCAAACGCCUGUGCCUCGUGUGCGGGGACAUUGCCUCCGGCUACCACUAUGGCGUGGCCUCCUGUGAGGCCUGCAAGGCCUUCUUCAAGAGGACCAUCCAAGGGAACAUCGAGUACAGCUGCCCGGCCACCAACGAGUGUGAGAUCACGAAACGGAGGAGGAAGUCCUGCCAGGCCUGCCGCUUCAUGAAAUGCCUCAAAGUGGGGAUGCUGAAGGAAGGCGUGCGCCUGGACCGAGUGCGUGGAGGCCGCCAGAAAUACAAGCGGCGGCUGGACUCCGAGAGCAGCCCAUACCUGAGCUUACAGAUUUCCCCACCUGCUAAAAAGCCAUCCAUUUACUUUCCCCCUUUGGUCUUUGCAGUGACCAAGAUUGUCUCCUACCUGCUGGUGGCUGAGCCUGACAAGCUCUAUGCCAUGCCUCCCCCCGGCAUGCCUGAGGGUGACAUCAAGGCCCUGACCACUCUCUGUGACCUGGCAGACCGAGAGCUCGUGGUCAUCAUCGGCUGGGCCAAACAUAUCCCAGGUGAGUCNNNCCUGUCCCUGGGGGACCAGAUGAGCCUGCUGCAGAGCGCCUGGAUGGAGAUCCUCAUCCUGGGCAUUGUGUACCGCUCGCUGCCCUACGACGACAAGCUGGUGUACGCCGAGGACUACAUCAUGGACGAGGAGCACUCGCGCCUCGCGGGGCUGCUGGAGCUGUACCGGGCCAUCCUGCAGCUCGUGCGCAGGUACAAGAAGCUCAAGGUCGAGAAGGAGGAGUUUGUGACGCUCAAGGCCCUGGCCCUGGCCAACUCAGAUUCCAUGUACAUCGAGGAUCUGGAGGCGGUCCAGAAGCUGCAGGACCUGCUGCACGAGGCUCUGCAGGACUACGAGCUGAGCCAGCGCCACGCGGAGCCGCGGAGGACGGGCCAGCUGCUGCUGACUCUGCCCCUGCUGCGGCAGACGGCAGCCAAGGCCGUGCAGCACUUCUACAGCGUCAAACUGCAGGGCAAGGUGCCCAUGCACAAACUCUUCCUGGAGAUGCUGGAGGCCAAGGUCUGA